ACAGCAGUCCACCUUGUCUCCCCUCUUCCUCUCUCUCCUCUCUCCUUCCACGAAAAUGACGAAAUCGCGCGAAAAAGAGGUCGAGGUAGGGGUCGUUUUGGAGCUUGUCGUCUAGCCGCGUGUGCUGGCCGUGGAGUUAGCCCUACAACCAAUUAUGAGCUUAGGCGCAUCGUCAAUGGAGGGGGAAUGCUCAACGUCACUCCACAGAUAAGCACACUGGAAGAGUGGACUUUCACACAAAUAAAUUCAGUUAGCUUCUCUGUAUGAAUUCAUAGUGGAAUGGUCCGUGCACUUGCUGAUUGAGAUUUCACUCCAAUAAAUUGAAGGUGGUUGUUGUGAAGCUGACUCAUGGAUAUGAAUACGGCUAAAAUGGAGUUAAGAGCCCAUAACUCCGGAUCUUUUCAGUCUGAUGAAUCAGAAGUUGGUUUGGAGAGGAAUUACUGCAACAAUCUUAAUCUAAUUGGAUCAAGUCCACUGCCAUCACAAGCCUUUGCAUCAGGUGGCCAGAUCUCCGAGAGUAGUGCUGCUUAUUUUUCAUGGCCUGCUUGCAGGAUAGCACCUUGUGCAGAAGAUAGGGAACAUUACUUUGGGAAUCUUCAGAAAGGGGCAUUACCUGAACACUUUGGUUCUCCGAAAGGGUUGCAAGCUACUACUUUGCUUGAACUGAUGACCAUCAGGGCAUUCCAUAGCAAGAUUUUGCGGCGCGUUAGUAUGGGCACUGCAGUUGGUUUUAGGAUUAGGAAGGGCUUGUUGACAGAUAUACCAGCUAUACUUGUCUUUGUCGCUAGGAAAGUUCACAGGAAUUGGCUACGCCCUGCCUACUGCCUGCCUCAUGCUCUUGAGGGACCUGGAGGUGUUUGGUGUGAAGUUGAUGUUGUUGAAUUCUGUUACUAUGGAGCACCUGCAGCCACCCCUACAGAACAACUCUACACGGAACUUGUAGAUGCCUGUGGUGGAAGUGAUCCAUGCAUUGGAUCAGGUUCCCAGGUUGCUAGCCAGGGAACUUAUGGAACGUUGGGUGCCAUUGUCAAAAGCAGGACAGGAAAAAAGCAAGUUGGUUUCUUAACUAAUCGGCAUGUUGCAGUUGAUCUUGACUUCCCAAGUCAGAAGAUGUUUCAUCCAUUGCCCCCUAGUCUUGGACCAGGGGUAUAUUUGGGUGCUGUUGAAAGGGCUACAUCAUUUGUCAAUGAUGAUCUUUGGUAUGGCAUUUUUGCUGGAACUAACCCAGAGACAUUUGUUCGUGCUGAUGGCGCCUUCAUUCCUUUUGCUGAAGAAUUUAACAUGGCCAAUGUGACCACAGCAGUGAAGGGUGUUGGUGAAAUUGGCGAUGUUCAUGAAAUAGACAUACAGGCUCCUAUUGGCAGUCUCGUCGGAAGGCAAGUUGUAAAAGUGGGAAGGAGCUCCGGAUUAACAACUGGAACAAUAAUGGCCUAUUCUCUGGAAUACAAUGAUGAGAAAGGGGUAUGUUUCUUUACCGAUUUUCUUGUUGUCGGAGAGAAUCAACAGACUUUUGACCUUGAAGGUGAUAGUGGGAGCCUUAUCCUAUUGACAAAUCAAAAUGGUGAGAAACCCCAGCCUGUCGGUAUUAUUUGGGGCGGGACAGCUAAUCGAGGUCGGUUGAAAUUGAAAAUUGGGCAGCCCCCAGAAAACUGGACCAGUGGAGUUGAUUUAGGGCGUCUUCUUGAUACCCUCGAACUUGAUCUUGUCACUUCUGCAGAAGGGCUUCAAGCUGCGCUGCUAGAACAUUGCAAUGCAACAGCAGCAAGAGCUGACUCAAUCGUUGGAACCCUUGAGAGGACCAACACAAAGCAUGAAGAUAACUCUGAGCUACUUCCUCCAAGGAUUCUGCAUGUUUUGGACAAUGAUGGUUCUCAUCAGGGCUUAGCGCCUCCAACAAUUGGUAACGAGUUUCACAUUGAAUGUGGCUUUGAGGUGGGUCCCAGUGUAGAGCACCAGUUCAUCCCUUAUUUUUCUUGCAAAUCUCUUUUGAACACCGAACAAGGGGAAAUGACAGACUUGAAAAGCCUAUCACGGUUAAGAGAUGAACCUGAAGAUCUGGCUGUUUCUUUACAGUUAGGCGAACGUGCAACUAAGAGAAGAAAGCAAUCCGACUCUCCAACCUGUUGAUUUUCUACAAAGCACGACCGCCUCUAGACUUUCCUUGUCUUAUUAGUCAGAGAAGUAUAAACCACUUCCCUCAACACUCUGAUCCUCAGAUGAGAGGUACAUUACAUUUGUAGUAUCCAGUUGGCAGGUGGAACCGAGUCUUGCACUGGGAAUUCUCACUAUUUUUCACCCCUAUUUUUUGUGAAAAGGUUGAAGCUAUUGAUAUUUAUGCGAGUUAUAUAAAUGUGAGAGGCUAAUGGUAGAUAUUACUUGUAAUAGUUAUGUUUGUAUUGUUGCACCUGAAGCCCUUUGUACGGAGAUGAAAUUAUGUAAAGCGGUAUUCCGCAGAGUGUAUAUGAGGAAGCAAUAAUCUACUAAAUCUUGUUC